GAUCGUUGAUCCCCUUGGGUUUGGGAGUUUGGGUCGUUCGGGACCGCUGCAGCCAUGGCGGACAUCGUGAAGCAGAUCCUGGCGAAGCCGAUUCAAUUGGCGGAUCAGGUGACCAAGUUCGCCGACGAUGCCCAAACCUUCAAGCAGGAGUGCGCCGAACUUAAAUCCAAAACGGAGAAACUCGCUGCCCUCCUCCGCCAGGCUGCCCGUGCUAGCUCCGACCUAUACGAGCGCCCAACUCGCCGUAUCAUCGAUGACACAGAGCAGGUCCUCGACAAGGCCCUCGCUCUUGUCUUCAAGUGCCGCGCCAAUGGGCUCAUGAAGCGCGUCUUCACCAUUAUCCCCGCCGCUGCCUUCAAGAAGAUGUGUUCCCAGCUUGAGAACUCCAUCGGUGAUGUCUCCUGGCUCCUCCGUGUUUCCGCCUCUGCCGGCGACCGCGACGAUGAGUACCUAGGCCUUCCCCCUAUCGCCGCCAACGAGCCCAUCCUCUGCCUCAUCUGGGAACAGAUCGCUACCCUCUACACUGGAUCCGUCGACGACAGGUCCGACGCCGCCGCUUCCCUCGUAUCCCUCGCCCGCGACAACGACCGUUACGGAAAGCUCAUCAUCGAGGAAGGUGGGGUGGUGCCCCUUUUGAAAUUAGUCAAGGACGGACGACCGGAAGGCCAGGAGAACGCUGCCCGUGCUAUUGGCCUCCUUGGUCGUGACCCGGAGAGCGUCGAGCACAUGAUCCCCGCUGGUGUCUGCUCAGUGUUUGCGAAAAUCCUCAAAGAAGGUCCCAUGAAGGUUCAGGCAAUGGUGUCCUGGGCUGUGUCUGAACUCGCCGCCCAUCACCCCAAGUGCCAAGAUCAUUUCGCCCAAAACAAUAUAAUUCGGUUACUCGUUGGCCAUCUGGCCUUCGAGACCAUUCAGGAACACAGUAAAUAUGCGGUGACCAGUAACAAAGCCGUGCCCAUGUCCAUCCAUUCGGUGUUAUUGGCUAGUAACAACCCCAAUUCCAAUGCCGACGGAAGCAGCCCCGCCUUUCACAAUAACCAACCCAAUGAAGACGAGAGUCAGAUCGCUCACCCACUGGGUCGCCAGCAGCCGAACCAGAUGCAUAAUUUGGUCACAAACACCAUGGCCAUGAGGGGCACCUCAAAGCCACCCCAACCACAAGGUACCAAUGGCAGCAACACUCACCAACCGAACCACAUCAAGAACUCCAAACAAAAUCUCCAGCAACAUCCUCAUCAUCACCCGCAGCACGUUGCUCUUGCCGGGGGUAGCAUCAAGGCGAGGGAAUUUGAAGACCCAGUCACCAAGGCCAACAUGAAGGCCAUGGCAGCCAAAGCCCUUUGGCAUCUUGCCAAAGGCAAUUCCGCCAUAUGCCGGAGCAUCACCGAGUCAAGAGCGCUCCUUUGCUUCGCGGUUCUCCUGGAGAAGGGCGCCGAAGAGGUCCAAUACAAUUCCGCUAUGGCAUUGAUGGAGAUUGCUGCCGUUGCCGAUCAAGACGCUGACCUGAGACGCUCUGCAUUCAAGCCCAAUUCCCCUGCCGCUAAAGCUGUCUUCGACCAGUUACUGAGCAUCGUAGAGAAAGCCGAUUCGGACCUCCUCGUACCCUGCGUCAAGGCCAUGGGACACUUAGCGAGGACUUUCCGAGCCACUGAAACGAGGAUCAUUGGGCCAUUGGUGCGAUUGCUUGAUGACAGAGAAGGUGAGGUUUCAAGGGAGGCGGCCAUUGCCCUCACUAAGUUUGCCUGCACUGAGAAUUACCUACACGUCGAUCACUGUAAGGCCAUAAUCAAUGCAGGAGGGGCGAAGCAUCUCAUUCAGCUUGUGUAUUUUAGCGAGCAGAUUGUUCAGAUACCGGCAUUGGUUCUAUUAUGCUACAUUGCAUUGCAUGUCCCCGACAGUGAAGAACUUGCACAAGCGGAGGUCCUUACGGUGCUCGAAUGGGCAUCGAAGCAGGGUUACAUGGUACAAGAUCCCACCGUCGACACCUUAUUGCCGGAGGCCAAAGGUAGAUUAGAACUCUAUCAAUCCAGAGGUUCAAGGGGAUUCCAUUGAUUCAGUGUGCAGUGUAAGAUGUAAUUUGGUUGUCUUUUUUUUUUUUUGGGUCAUUAUCAUUGUUAUGGAGUGUAUAUACAUUUGGGUUUCUGGGUCGUUAAAAAGAAUCCCCAUUAAGAUCAAAGUUCCAUUCUUCUUC